CAGUGGCAUCACCUACGUAAGUUAUCAAUAUACCUGAAUCAGGCUAGUUUGCCUUCACGCGUUCCGUCGAUCACUUCCGUCGCCGCCGAAGCUUUCCGUCCGUGGAAAAUAAUCAUCACAGGCGUCAUCAGCGCAUAAUAACAUUAGCACUGCCUGGCUCCUGUUUUCACUCUCCUAUUAUUUCGGUUCUGGGUAUCCAUGUUUGCCCGUACCGGUCUCUCAUGAUUUGAAACAGUCGCUCGGGAGAAGUACAAAAAGGAGAUGCCGUGGACUGUAACAAAUUCAUUCAAGCGAGGUCUCAUGAUGAAAACAUACGGGCGGUCUUCAUGGCGCGUCUACGAUGAUGACCAACGUCCAGCGGCCAAGAAACGACGCGUUUUGUCGGAUUGCGAGUCGGACGCGGCUGAAAAGAGCCUUGAGUACGCCAUCCGGGAGUCCACGGCUAACGUACGAUCGAGUCCGUCGCGUCGAAACUCUCUGGCACUUUCCGAUGGUUCUCAGGACACUGAUUUGUCAACACCUCCUUCUUCCCCUCCGCCACGCUUGUCUCCUCCGCCGCAGAACACCCGCAAACCGACGUUCUCCUUUCUGAAGCGCAAGUCGGCGCCCAAGGAUGGGGCCAAUGGGUCGCCUCUCUCCGAAGUGAACUCCAACAGCGUACGCGCAUCUCUCGAUCCUCCGAAGAAGAAAGCAGGGACACCGGUUUCUCAACAACCGGCGUUGAAGCAGAUGCAGCUCGAUUUGGGCCAUGAGGUACGGAAAACGUGCGCGACCUGUGGGAUGGAAUAUGUGCCGUCCAACAGCGAGGACGCGUCGCUCCACAAAAAAUUUCACGACAUGAACUCGACUGGGGUAGACCUAGGCAAAGCGUUCAUGCGGGCGAACGCGUCCCGAUGGGUUUACGAGGCGACUCGCUUUGAGGAGGGGUAUGUGGUGAUAGUGGAUCGCAAAUCGUCACCUACAGCAAAGAACCAGGCCAAGAAGGUCCUGGAGGUCAUCAGCAAGGAGCUGUCCUCUCCGGUGAUCGAGGAUGAUACCCUAUGGAGCCAGACGGAGCCACCGAAACAUCUGCGCAAGAACGGAGCGUCGGAGAAGGUGGACAGAUACAAGGUGUUCUUGCACAUGAAGGACAGCCGGUGUGUGGGCGCCUGUUUAACUGAGCGUAUCUGGGAGUCUCACGCGGUGGAUAAGGCAUCUAUCCAGACGGACGGUGCUGACUCGGCCGUCACUGUUCGCGACGAUACCCAUCCCGCGAUCGUGGGGAUCUCACGCAUCUGGACGUCUGGCUCUUCACGUCGAAAGGGCAUUGCGAUGGAUCUUCUUGACUGCGUCGUGAGCAACUUCAUUUACGGGAUGGAAAUCCCGAAGGAACAGGUAGCUUUCAGCCAGCCAACAAACAGCGGGAAGAGCCUAGCCCAAGCAUUUUUUGGGCCAGAAAACGAAUGGCAUGUCUACAAGGAGAGUUGA